AUGGAGUGGCUUGAUUCAACGACAGACUUCAAGAGGAAAGACAGGAGGCACUUCAAAUUCGAUCCCAGCCAAAGUUGCAGUAUCCUUGCAAUAAAGAUCCAACAGAACAACCAUGGCGAAAUAGACUUCCAGCCUGAGAAACUCAGCACCGUGUCUGAAUAUGGCGCCUGGAUUGACCGUUGCCGGCCUUCCUCAAGAGGGCAGCAUCGUCCUACCCUUCUGCUAGCCAUGCACAAGCGGCUUGAGGGUGAUCUCACAAACAGCACUUCAGUAGCAUAUAAGGAAGACGAAUUUCACAAUUUCUGCAGGAGCCUCUGCCAGCACAGAACGCUUGGUUCCAUAAUCGUCAGAAAGUCUACUGCUGUUCUCAGCUCCAGGUCGGUGACAUGGACGGGCUCAGACGACUUUGGCCGCUCGACUGUCUAUCACUGCAAGUCAGACACUGAGUCCCUUGCCCAAGGCGAUGACAUUGUGUUGUCCACAACAUGUUUCACCGAUAAGCCCCUCAUAUUCGCGGUCAUGUAUGGCUGUACAGAAGACAUCAUGGAGGAUACCGAGCUCUGGUUAGACAGAUGCAAGAGUUUUGCAUUCCACCCCUUAGUGCUCCCAAUGAUCUUCGUAGAGCAUGAGCGAAAACGCCUGUUCAAUGCGAUAGACGACAGAUCCACGGAACUUGAGGAAAGGAUUCUGGAGCUGGAAACAAGAGUCAACAAGGAGGCCAAGAAGGAGGUGGAUCAACAGGCAAAGAAAGAAGAAGCCAGACAGACAAUGACGCAGAGAGAUUGUGAAGCCAUACAAUUGUGGCGAUCGAUGAGUUCCCUUAAAAAUGGACUUGGAAGCCUAUAUAUGGAGCUCGAGUCAAUGAGAGACCACCUGAAGACGCUGCCGAGAUCCCCACCAAAGCCUGAUCGGGAGUCCGGUAGCGACCAGGAAACGGACCAAGGGGCUGGUAUGUACAUCGACACCAAGUUGAAGGAGAUGAUGGCCGAGUUUCGAAGCAAAACCCGCAAAUGCGAGGGACUUCUUGGUGCCAUGACUCUUGCGACUCAAAUGGAAUGGAACUAUUACACAAGGCGUGACGCACAAGUCAAUUUCAGCAUUGCUACAGCGACGAAGAUGGAUAGCAGCCAGAUGAAACAGAUCUCUCUCUUGGGCAUGAUCUUCCUGCCUGGGACCUUCCUCGCGACAUUUUUCUCGAUGACUUUCUUCAGCUGGAUACCGCAGGAUAGUGCUCAGAUCAUAUCGCCAUGGCUUGGGUUGUACGGUGGAUUGACCCUGCUGCUGACGUCAGGGACCAUCCUGUGGUUCAGGAACUGGGCGACAACGGAGAUAGAAGACGCAAAGGAAAAUCUUCAGCAGGAGCUGGACAGGGACUCAGACUCGACUUUGUUUGGAUCGAAGCGCAGUAUACUUCGCUCUUCACUUUCCUUUAGGAGUAAGGACGUGGAGUUGGGUGAAAUGAGUCCAUGA